AACAUUGAUAUAGAGUCAAAACAAGAAGAUGAGAAAUCAUUUUGACAGAACAACAAAGAGAAAUUCAAUGGAAAUCAAAGAAAAACAAAAAUUCCAAUUAAUUAAUAAUCUCAACAAUCAAGAAGGAAGAGAAAAGAAAAAAAAAUCCUCCAAUUAACUCAACCAAAUUAAAGAAUCAAUCAAAUUGAUCUUAUAUUUUAACGGAAAAAAAAUUCAAAACAAAGAAAAUUGAAUCUCGUUCAAUAACAAAGAGAUAAAUUUCUCAUCACUCAGAAUCUCCAAUUCUUUUCACUAUCAACUCACUUUCUCUUCUCAAAUGUAAACAAUCGCCUUGUAAUCAUCGCAAUUAACUGACCAUUGGAACAAUUAACGAUGGACAAUCGACUAAUUAGAUGUCACCAUUACUCUAUUGAUUGUUGAUCGCCUAAUUUACGCUCCGCCCGAGGGGAAAAGUGAACACCCUUUUUAUUGAAAUUGUUGAAUUUUUUUCUUCUCCCAAUCAACUCUCGGAAUUAUCGGUUCUCCAUCAUGAUUCACUUUCUUUUUUUUAAAUUUUCUUCUUCUUAAUCAUGUUAAUCAGUCUCUUGGCUAUUUUCUUAAAUUAGAUUAAAAGAUUAGUCGUUUUUUAAAAGAUUAGAUUUCGUGGAGUUUGAAAUAUCCACGAAUUACCAGUUAUCAUAUUUAAACAGUUUUUCUCAAGCAAAUGUCACAAAAAACCAGUAAUAAGAAUAGAAAAUGAUCAUGAUUAAGAUGAUAAUUAGGAGAUGAUUAGCCUUGAAUAGAAUAGUUAGUUUUUUUUCGUGAACCAUCUUAAUAAAUCACGUGGAAAAUAAUUGGGAGGAUUUUUAACCAAUCAGUUUAAUCAUCACCAUUAAAAAGAUUCACUUACAAUCAAAGUGAAUUGAACAAAAUAUUCACAAUUUUGUUAAGUGUAACUUUUUACUCGACACCAUUUAAACUAAUCAACAAAUCUAGUGGACAAUUAAUAGCAACAAAAAUGGUUAAUCAAAUUAACUAUCAAUCAAUUGUUCUGAUUGUUACAUUGUCUACAAUUUUAUCGUUUAAUUGUGUUACAAAUCAACAGCAAAUCAGCAGUAGUUUGUAUGACCCAUUGGACGAGAAUAUAAUUACAUUGGAUUGGACCAAUUUCACUUCAACAAUUGAAUUUAAAUCCAAUAUUUUUGUGGUUCAAUUUUAUAAACAUUGGUGCCCUUAUUGUAAACGAUUUGCGCCCGUUUGGAAAAAUUUAUCCCAAGAUAUUAAAUUGUGGAAAUCAGUGGUUCGAUUGGCUGUGAUUAAUUGUGCUUAUGAUGAGAAUGUGUCUACAUGUCGAUCGGCUUCAAUUCCGUUUGUACCAACGAUUCAUUUCUAUCCAAGUAAUUGGAACUUCUCAUCGGGAUUAACACCGAUUGUCAUUAAAAAGGGAACAGUUGAUAAUUUAAGAGGAAAUAUAACAACGUUAAUUGUGAGCACUUCAUCAUCAUCAUUAAGUGGAGAAUUUAAUUAUUCUGAUCCGGUUGAUCUUCGAAAUGUACCAAAUCAAAUAUCGGACAGAAAGUUUUUCUUAAUUGCUGAGGAAAAGGAUUCCAAAGUUGGGACAGAGGUUAUUCUUGACAAUUAUCAGUUUAAAGAUGAAGUGAUGAUAAAACGAGUCAACUGGAAAAGUCCAUGGUUUCAUCAAUUACAAUUAAACGAAUCACAAUUACCAAUUCUUGUUACUUUACCCAAAAGAGGAUUUUUACCAAUUCUUGUUAAGACCAAUCAAUCAAUUAAAAAUUCUCGUCAAGCAAUUAAUGACAUCAUCUAUAAAUCGAUUGGACUGUCAACAAACAAAUCGCGUUCAAUUUUAACUGAAUCAUCGACAAGAUCACCAAUACAAAUAUUAUCUUUCAAUAAUACAUAUGAAAGUCCACUUUAUCUUGAUGAUCUUUACAAAUGUUUACAACAAAUUUUAACUAAUGAGAUUUUGAUUUAUGACAAUUAUUCAUUGGAAAAAAUUAAUUCAUUGAAAAAUUUUACCAAUCUCAUUGCUAAUUACUUUCCAUUCACUAAUUCAUCAACAGGAAAACCUUUUUUCAAUCAUUUAUCACAAUCACUAGAAUCAUAUGAGAAUCAAUUGUUAACCAAUGAUUCUCUAGAUUCCAUUUCAGUUAACCAAUUGAUUAGGAAAAUUAACCAAUUACAACAAGUUCAUCGUCUUCCUAAGCCAAACAAUUGGAUCACUUGUCGAGGAUCUAAUCCAAUUUAUCGAGGUUACACUUGUUCCUUGUGGCUUCUUUGGCACACAUUGUCUGUAGCCGAGUAUCUCCAAGUUGAUGGACAGUUAACUAAUCAUCAGGUCGCUUUUACGAUGCGCUCAUUCAUCAGAGACUUUUUCUCAUGUCAAGAGUGUCGACAACAUUUCAUCAAUGAGACAAUCGACAUGUUCCAAGUGAUUCAUCAAUCGGAUCCAUUUUCAUCUAUUCGAUAUCUUUGGUCUGUUCACAAUUCAGUCAACAAAAGAAUCGCCGGCGAUCCAACUCAAGAUCCGUUCUUUCCAAAAGUCCAAUUUCCUUUACAAACUCAAUGUUCCACUUGUUGGACUCGAGGCCGAUUUAACGAUAAUCAAGUCAUUCAAUAUUUGAUUAAUCGAUACAAUCCUUCCAAUUGGAUUCCCUGCGAAAAAACCAAAAAUUAAUCAACUGUUACACUUUUUUCUUCCUCAAGACAACUGAUUGUCAACUUUUCUUUUUCAAUGUACUAAUACUAAUAUCUACCUAAAUUUCUGCGACUAAAUUAAAUAGUUUCGAAUUGUCUUUCACAAGUAAAAAACU